AUGAUUUAAUUUAAUGACCUUAGAGAGAAUGUGAUGUCCAUUAAUCAAUUAGAAUAGAGUGUUGGGUCUAAAGCUAUGCCUAAAAUUAAAUUUAGUUCCAAGGACUUUGAUGAUUCAGAUUCAGAUGAAGAAGUUAAACACUGCAAAUGA